AUGAGUAGACGGGUCGUCGAGUCAAGUCUAAAAGAUACAAUUUUAAAAGAGCCCACAGACGACGAAGACGAGGCCAAGGAGAAAAAUGCGGAGGCAUAUGCUGAAUUAAUCCAGUUCCUCCAUGAUAAAAGUUUAUCGCUGGUGAUGCGAGAAGCAGCUGACGAUGGACGAAAAGCGUUAAAGAUUCUGAGAGACUAUUAUGCAGGUAAAGGAAAGCCACGAGUAAUUAGCCUGUACACAGAACUGACCUCGCUCCGAAAGUUAAGUAACGAAAGUGUGACUGAGUAUGUCAUAUGUGCGGAGACGGCCAUCAUGGCAUUAAGAAAUGCAGGCGAAACAUUGAGCGAUGGAUUAUUAGUAGCAAUGGUUUUAAAGGGACUGCCAGAAUCAUUCAAACCAUUCGCGAUCCAUAUUACGCAAAGUGAAGUGAAAAUUCCUUUUGCGGAAUUUAAAACUAAAUUACGGAGUUAUGAAGACACUGAAAAGAUGCACGCCACAACGUCCGACGACAACGUGAUGAAAGCGCAAAUACAACCAAGUACGAAACCUGCUUUGGUGAGUACAAGUGACCGGGGAACCGAGAGUAUGAAUAUAGUGUGUUUCAGAUGUGGUCUAAAAGGACACAAGGCAAAAGCAUGUCAACGCUCCACAUACCGAGACGCAAACUGCAGAUGGAAACAGCGACGCGACAACGCGAGACAAGUUUCAGAGGAGAUGAGCGGCAAGGAAUAUGCAUUCCAAAUGAGCAACAGAAGCGCGGUAGUCCAACCAAGACACGACAUGAAUAUGACUGGUCUGAUGGUCGAUACCGGGGCAACCUCACAUAUCGUCACAGAUAUAACAAAGUUUAAGACGUUCGACGAUAGUUUCCAAGCCGAGACGCACUGUGUAGAGCUGGCUGAUGGCAUGAGGUGCCAUGGAGUCGCGGAGCGCAGAGGUGAUGCAGAGAUCUGUUUGAUGGACAGCAGAGGACAGCGCCACACCACGAUGUUGAGACAGGCAUUGUACAUCCCCUCCUACCCGCAGGAUAUCUUUUCUGUGAAAGCAGCUACUUCCAACGGAGCAACUUUUAUCUUUAAGCAAGGAAAAGACAUCCUCCAACACAGAGACGGUUUCCUGUUGAUAUCGGACUCUCCAGGUGAUGCUGAGGAGAAAUCACUCAGAGCUUCCAAGAUUAUAAAUAACAAUGCUAGUAAUCCCAGAGUCUUAUUUUCUACAAUUGAUCGCCUACUAAACCAGGUAACUCAAAGGAAUGCCUCCUAAGUGCUUCCAGUGAAAUGUGAGGCUAUCUCUGUAUUUUUCAAUCAAAAAAUUAAUGAUAUUAGAAAUAACAUAGUAUAUCCCUCCAACACUAAGGAUCCUCCUAAACCCCAGCAUUCUGUUAUAAACAAAUUAAACUCUUUCACUAGGAUAGAUUUACCUGUUACAAAAAUAAUAUCUCAAUUAAAACCCUCCACCUGCGUCCUUGACCCAAUACCAACAAGGUUUUUCAAAGAAGUAUCAGGCGUGCUAAUUGAUAAUGUUCUGGACAUAGUAAAUUCGUCAUUAGAUACGGGGGUCUUCCCAGACUGUCUUAAGACUGCUGUAGUUAAACCCCUUCUUAAGAAACAUAAUCUUGACCCCUCGGCUCUUGAAAAUUUUAGACCCAUCUCUAACCUGCCUUUCUUAAGUAAAGUUCUAGAGAAGGCAGCCAUUAUGCAGUUAAAUGACCACCUAAAUAAACAUGCUAUUCUUGAUAAAUUUCAGUCGGGUUUUAGAACAAAUCACAGCACAGAAACUGCACUCGUUAAAGUAGUAAAUGAUUUGUGAGUGAAUGCAGACAGAGGCCAUUUAUCUGUUCUCAUCCUCUUAGAUCUGAGUGCUGCAUUUGACACCAUUGAUCAUAAUAUUCUUAGAAAUCGCCUUAGUCAAUGGGUGGGCCUCUCUGGCAGGGUCUUAAAUUGGUUUGAAUCCUACCUGACAGGGAAAAUUUUUGUUAGUUGUGGUAAUUACAACUCGAAGACACAUGAUAUUUAAUAUGGUGUUCCACAAGGCUCUAUCCUGGGUCCGCUGCUCUUCUCAAUCUACAUGCUUCCGUUAGGUCAGAUUAUCUCAGGGCACAACGUGAGCUACCACAGCUAUGCUGAUGACACACAGCUGUACUUAUCAAUAGCACCUGAUGACCCUGAUUCUAUUGAUUCACUAACACAAUGUCUGACUAGUAUCUCAGAAUGGAUGAAUAGUAACUUUCUCAAGUUAAAUAAAGAGAAAACUGAAAUCUUAGUGAUUGGCAAUAAUGGAUACAAUGAGGCUAUUAGAAAUAAACUGGAUACAUUAGGAUUAAAAGUCAAGACGGAGGUAAAAAGCUUAGGGGUAAUUGUUGACUGUAAUCUGAAUUUUAAAUCACAUAUUAAUCAGAUCACUAGGACAGUUUUUCACCUAAGAAACAUAGCAAAAGUUACACCUCUUAUAUCACUGAAAGAGGCUGAGAAAUUAGUUCACGCGUUUGUUUUCAGUCGACUAGAUUACUGUAAUACACUCCUCUCAGGACUACCCAAAAAAGACAUAAAUCGUUUACAACGAGUACAGAAUGCAGCUGCUAGAAUCCUAACUAGGAAAAGAAAAUCCGAACACAUUACUCCAGUUUUGAUGUCACUACACUGGUUACCUGUGUCAUUCAGGAUUGACUUUAAAAUUCUGCUUAUGGUUUAUAAAGCCUUAAAUAAUCUCGCCCCAUCUUAUAUAUCGGAAUGUCUGACACCUUAUAUUCCAAAUCGUAACCUCAGAUCCUCAAAUGAGUGUCUCCUUAGAAUUCCAAGAACAAAGCUUAAAAGAAGUGGUGAGGCGGCCUUCUGCUGUUAUGCACCUAAAAUCUGGAAUAGCCUGCCAAUAGGAAUUCAUCAGGCUGAUACAGUAGAGCAGUUUAAAACACUGCUGAAAACACAUUACUUUAACAUGGUUAUUGUGAUUCUGUGCAAUUCACCAUACAAAAAUAAUCCAAUAUCUCAUUUCAAAUUCAGCUGUAACACCAUCACCGUGCAGUCUGGAGAGCUUUUCACCCUUUUAAUUUCAAUAAACCUGUGGACAAAGAAACAACAGUCUAUAGAGUUUUGGAUAAAGAAAGGUGUUUAUUGGCCUGUCAAAGCACGUCGUCUGUGUGGACGCCAGGACAGUGAAAGGACGGCUUUACACCAGGAAGAUAGUGCUGUGUAUUCUGAGCACAAAUCAUGGAAGAAAAGAAGUCAGUGUCACUACAACCAGGGCCUGUGCUGCAGGUCCUGCGAGAAGCUCAAGAAGAUCUACUGA